AUAUAUAUAUAUAUAUACACAGAGAGAGAGAGAGACUCUAAUAGAAAGAAACCCAAAUAGGAGCCAGGCCGACUCUACGUCCUGCAGUCGUGCAUGCAGAAAUCGCUGCAUCAUCCCCUGCAUCAUCCGUGCUGCAGUGUAAUCUUGCUCCUGAACACACCCUGCUGCAGCCUGCACAGCAACCGGACCACAGCGACACUUUUACCGGGAAGCUACGGGGAGGCGGCUGGGACACCAAGGAGCAGCAAGAUGGCUUUUGAUGACAAAGAUCCAACGCCUGCAUUGGGGACCCUUUCCCCUGGCCAACUGCAGUCCCACCUCAAGAUGGAGCCAAAGACUCUAGGGGCAAUCCAGAUUGUUAUUGGGGCUUUGAUUCUCUGUCUGAGUGCCUCCGUGCUCCAGAUCCAUGAGGUCCACUUCACAGGAGAUGUAGCCCUCUUCCUGAUAGUUGUGAUACAGGUGACCUUGUCUGGUUCAGUGUUGGUCCACAGUGGAAGGAAACCUACUCUGUUUUGGGUGAAAUUCGUCCUGGUGCUACACCUCAUCAGUGCUGCAUUUGCCACAGCUGCUUUGGGUCUCAUGUCCAAACAUCUGCCCUACCGCCAGGACUCCUACCACUGUGAACACUGCCGCAGACUGGAGCUACAUGCCGUGCAACAUUGUUUCAGGAAAUGCACCGGGCUGAUCGAGCAAAAGUGUAAACUGUUGAUUGAUGGGAUCCUGGGGACGCUGGUGAUUUUCCUGGUGCUGGAGUUGUUGAUUUGCAUCACAGCCAUGCUGUUUGGACUCACUGUCCUAGCUGCUGGUGGAACCCAGGCUCCCAGUAAGAGACCCGUCUACCCUCAGACGCGUCCUCCACCUGUUCCAGCUACGCAGACGCCUCCAGCUGCAGCCGAGGCCUCUCAGGUGUCUGUAGUUGUGACCGGACCAGAUUCAGAGCAGAUGGAGGACAUCUCAACCCCACCCACUGAACCCCAGGUGGAGCCAAUAGAAUCGGUGACAACCCAGCCGUGAACUCUGCAAAUACGGCUCUCUGAGGUGUUAUGUCACGGCAGAAUGUAAAUACGGAUGUCACCUGAGAAAAACUAUUCUUGUCAGAGUCAUGUAGGUAAUUAAAAUCUUACCUAUUAUAAUGUGACAACAAACCUUCUGUUGGUGAGUCAGAGGCUGGAAUAUAAGAAGUAUAAAAGUAUUGUUGAAUUAAUAAAUGUGUGUCCCAACAAUGUGCAAGAGGUAGUCAUCCUGUCCUUGAUAAGAUGAUCACAGAAUUAAUAUUUCACUUCUGCAACCACAGUACAUGAGUACAGCAUGUAUAUGAUAUGGAUCAAUGUAACAUGUUCAUGUUGAUGUAUUAAUAUCAUUAAAAGAAUAGAGGAUUAGUAAUUUAGAUCAGUGAUUCUCAACUGGUAGGUCGCGCGGACUCGUUUUUAGUGGGUUGCGGGCCUUUGCAUGGGAAAAAAAUAAAAUAAUAAAAUAAAUAAUACAUUUUAUUUUGAAGGGACUUUUUCUAAUGCAGCGGAGUGUCGUUUUUUUGCCGGCUCGUUCGUCCAUGUUUUCAGUCAAGCGCGGCAAUUAGAACGGGAAAAGAUAACACUUUUCGGCUUGUCAUUAAGGAGUGAUGGUGGGUCCCGGAGCCAGACAAGUUGAGAACCACUGAUUUAGAUAAAUAAAAGUGACACACACACAGCCAGAGUCUCAGGAUAAGAUCCUGACACCACUAGUAUGUAGUACACUAUAAUCACGUAUCUUAAGAGUCCGUGCACAUUGUUUAUGUGAGUAAUGGUAAAUUUACAAUAUAUCAGUCGCAAAUAGUUUUCUUACUUAAAACAUGUUUGACUGUUGAAAUGUUUUUGUGUGGUUAUGAAACACACCUUUUAUUGUUUUUAUGUUAUUUGAAGUUAAUAUCAUUGUAAUGUUAAUUUAUUGUUGGCUGUAAUAUAUUAGAACUGUCAUUCUGAUCCCAACUUAAAGGAGUAUACUGUUGAUUUAUUACUUUCAGCAAGUGGGGGAUUUAAAAGAGUGAAAGAAAGGAUAUUAGGAUUAUUAUUAUUCAGAUAUUUGAGUUCAGUAGUUGUCCCGUUUAAAAACAUUGUACUACGUCAAGACAAAAUAAAUGCAUCUGUCUAUCUGUCA